CCGGUGCCGCACAACUAUUGCCGAGAGUGCCUCCUUGAAUGGUUCAACAAGGCUCUCGAGGACACGAUCGUAUUCCCACCGAAAUGUUGCAGGAAUCCGAUCCCCCUCGAUCUCUGCAAGCAUGUCUUUCCGUAUGAUCUCAUCGAGCGGAUCGAAGAGAAGGAAGUCGAGCUGAGCACGCCCAAUCCCACGUAUUGCGCUCAUUCGACAUGUGGUCGCUUCAUUCGCCCGGACUAUCACAGGAAUGAUUUGGCGAGAUGUCCGCAUUGUUCUCAAGAGACCUGUACCCUCUGUAAGGCUCCGGCUCAUCGUGGUCUUUGCCCUGAUGAUCCUGCUACGAAGGCGUUAAUGGACACGGCUAGCGAGAAGAAGUGGCAGCGCUGCUUCAACUGCAAAGAGAUGGUUGAGUUGAACACCGGUUGCUAUCAUAUGACUUGCAGAUGCAAGGCGGAGUUCUGCUACCUUUGCGGCAAGAAGUGGCACACUUGCGAAUGCCCUCUUUGGGAGGAAGAGCGCCUCACAGCC